AUGGUAAAGCCGCGCAAAGAUUUCGUCGUGCGACCACGACAAUCUUCAAAUGAACAAAUAAAGCAAAACAUUUGGGUAAAUGAUGCUCAACAAGAGCUAACACCAUGGUACAUAUGGGACUCUAAAAUUCCUUUAAGCAGUAACAAAAAAAAGGUAAAACCGGGACGAUUGACCCAACUGACUAACAGUGAAACAGCCAGAACAUUCAACAAAGACCUUAGGGAAUAUCUUCUCAGCUCGACCCUGCACGGACUUCGUUACAUUGGCGAAAAGAAGCUUACAUGGUUUGAAAGAUUCUUCUGGCUAGCGGCGUUCCUGUUUUCCCUGAUGUGCGCCGGGUUCUUCAUACUAAAUGUGUAUGCCAAGUGGCGGAUGACGCCGAUGAUCGUGAGCAUCAACCCGGAGAACAUGCCGCUGGAGAACUUGCCCUUCCCUGCCAUCACCAUUUGCAACGUAAACCAGGCCAAAAAAUCUGUGGCGGAACGGUACCUGAUUCAAGGAUCAUCAUUGAACAAGAAAUUGCUGGAAAGUCUAUGCUCAACAGAAAACGACGCUGACAUUUUCGAAAACGAAUUGGCGGACACCGCUGACUGGGACUACAUGCGAUCAUUUCUAAUUAAUGUAACGCAGCCAUGUAGCGAGAUGCUAGCAAGUUGUUCGUGGAACUCUAUUAACAGGAGUUGUGUGGACCUGUUCAACGCUCAGCUCACAGACGAGGGCCUAUGCUGCACCUUCAACGUGGUGCAUCGGGAGAAAAUGUUCCGGAACCCAAAAUCUCUAAACGAUUUGAAUCUGACUUUCCCACUACCAGCAGUGGAUUGGACUCCUGAGGAUGGUUAUCCGCCAGACGCCCCAGCUAAUGGUUUUCCAUGGAGACCAAAAGGUAUUGGUACUAACCAUGGCCUAACACUAAUACUGGACGCAAACAUCGCAGAAUAUUACUGUGCUUCUACGAAAAGCGCUGGUUUUAAGAUCCUUCUGCACAAUCCUACGGAGACUCCGAAGAUAGCCAACCUGGGCGAUAUAUAUGGGCCCGGCAUGGAGGCACGCGUCUCCAUACAACCGCGUAUUUUGGACGCGCAACCCGACCUACGAACCAUAGAUAUCGACAAGAGACUAUGCCUUUUCUCCAGCGAGACGAAUUUGGUUUUCUACAGGACGUACACUUUAAAGAACUGUGAAAUGGAAUGCGAAGCAAGAGCCAUGCUGGAUUUAUGCGGAUGCGUCUUCUAUUAUAUGCCAAAAAACAAAACAACACGAAUUUGCGGGAAAGCUGAAGCAAAAUGUUACGGAAAUACAACUAUUUUAAGACCAAAAAAGAAAGAGUGCGAAGAGUGUCUGCCAGCAUGCACGGAAAUAGCAUUUUUCGAGCGCAUGAGUUCUGCGCCACUCAGCAAGGCUCUUAUCAAAAAUCUCGCCAGGAGCCUCAACAACAAAUCACUGGAGUACUUUGUAGAAAACAUGCUUGUGGUCCAUUUUUACUUUGAGGACGACACAUUCAUUCGAUUCACAAAAGGAGAAAUUUUUGGAUUAACAGAAUUUCUAUCUAACACUGGUGGUCUGCUCGGUCUGUGCAUGGGCUUCAGUAUGAUGAGCGCAGUGGAGUUGCUCUAUUACUUGACGCUGCGCGCCCUCUGCUCCGCCCGGCAACGGCGGCCGAAACACGAGUUCACGACAUAA